CUUCAAGGCAAGGCAAUGAAUGAGUAAUUGUGAUUUAGUGAAAGAAAUGUACGGUUCCUCAGGUUUCGACAUCAUGAUUGGGAACAGCAAUGAGAAUCUGCUUGAUCCAUACACCGGGGGGGCACUGAUGAUUGGGGGUGAAGGAAAAGACACUUACAUAAUCAAACAAGGAUAUGGAAACGACUUAAUGAUUGCUAACUUUGCAGAAGAUCUGAGUAUUGAUACUGUGAUGGUCGACAUGGAUUAUCUUCAUGGCAGUCGCAUCACCCUGGACUCAUCAACAGAAGAUCUCUACGAUCUGGAUGUGACGAUCACGUCAAAAGGGGAACAACUAAAAUUCACUCUGCUCGACUACGCCAAAAGUCCAAACAACAGCACUUAGAGUUCCAGAGCUCUGACGGAGUCAAUUUUAAAUUCAAAUCUCUAAACUCAACCGGAGAUGUCCCUUUCUUUCAAAUUGAAGCUUUCAAAGUGACUCUGAAACAGCUGCAGGUUGACUGCCGCUUGGACCUCAACUCUCAGAGGAAUCUGUCCGAGGUCCACACGGUGCAGGGCUGCCCCUCCCAGUCCAAUGACAUCCUAGGUAACGACCAAGACAACGCUCUGAUUGGUGGGUGGAAGAAUGACGCUUUGGAAGGCGGCGCCGGAGACGACACGCUGAUCGGAGGGAACGGAGACGACAUCCUGAUCGGUGGCUCGGGAGACGACACUCUUUAUGGCGAGGACGGAAAUGACACUAUGAUGGGAGACUCUGGCCGGGACGUCUUCCUUCCCGGACCAGGGGCCGAUCUGGUGGACGGCGGUCCCGGCAGAGACACGGUGGUGUACCGGGGCGAUCCUGACACAGGUACAGGAGUUUAUGUCAACCUGCUGACGGGACAAGGCCGCUACGCCGAUGCUGAGGGCGACGUGGUGAAGGAUGUGGAGAUAGUCAUCGGCACCGUCUACUCCGACAUCUUGGUGUCCGGUUAUGAAAGUUCUCUUCUCAAAGGCUCGGACGGCAACGACAUCUUGGUGUCCACUGGCGACGAUUACCUGGUCGGCGGUGAUGGACAUGACAUUUACAUGUUGGCUUUCAACAACGGUUCAGUCACGGUUGAUAACUGUGCCAAAGACAACGCCACAGACGUCUUGUACCUGAACUCACCACCAACGCCAUUUGACUGCCAACUUCUGCCUGACAGAGUUCUCCUGACUUUCUAUGGACCUGACCAAACUUCUGUUAAAGUGGCCCUGCAGGGCUGGGUCAGUGAUGAGGACCAAUGUGGUCAUUUGAAGUUGGUUUUUAGAGAUCAGGAGGAGUCGGUGGACCAGCUGUUGCAAGAAUGCCAGUUAAGACAGGCAGCUGGGUUAUUAAUCAUGAGUUGGGUUAUAUGGAUAAUUAUCUGGAUCAUUCAAGACCGCUUUGGCUGAGUUUUCAUUUCACAAACAUGCAGAACAUCAG